UCCACGAAGGCGGACACGAGCGUGCAGCGAAAUCACGAGGUUCCGCUUUUAUCACGUAGGCGGUAACACGUACCACGAUGUAGAGCCGGUUUCACAGAGCCAUCAGUCCCUCAUUGUCUUCCGUCCGAUAGGUCAGAGUGUCGUUUGCUCUACGCUUGCUCUACGCUUGCUCUCGCGUCGAUCGUCCAAAAGGAUCGUCGUCGUUCGUCGUUCGUCGUUCACCGAUAGUGCCGGAUAAUGUCACCCUGUCGAUAGAUCGUUCCGUAUCAUUUGGAAAGUCAUGGUUUUCUCUUGCGAGGGACGAGACCCCUUGGAGCACACCAGUCUUUAUCAGCGCGCCGAUAGUGAAGACAGCGAUGCCGAGGGUGGUCUGGGUAACGUAAACAAGAUGGUGAUGCGACCACCUGGCCACAGCGGUAAAGCUAAGAAGGGCCACAUUUGCUUCGACGCGACCUUUGAAACCGGCAAUCUCGGCAGGGUGGAUUUGAUCUCCGAAUUCGAGUACGAUCUCUUUAUUAGGCCUGACACUUGUGGGCCCAGAUUACGCCUGUGGUUUAACUUCACCGUAGACAACAUAAAGGCGGAUCAACGGGUGAUCUUUAACAUCGUGAACAUCUCUAAAAGCGCCAAUCUCUUCCGACAUGGGAUGACGCCGUUAGUGAAGAGCAGCACUAGGCCGAAAUGGCAGAGGAUACCGCGAGAACAGGUAUUCUAUUACAGAUCCGCGCAGCAUCAGAAUCACUACGUGCUGAGCUUCUCUUUCGCGUUCGACCGCGAAGACGACGUUUACCAAUUCGCACUGACAUAUCCGUAUUCGUACACGCGUUACAUGGUGCAUCUCGACAACUUGUGCAGCAGGCUACUGUACACGAAGAGAGAGACGCUGGCUGAGUCGAUCCAAAAGAGGAAUGUAGAGCUCGUGACUAUAACCUCCGACCUCGAAGACACGGAACGACCUAGAAAAGUGGUCGUCGUCCUCGCUAGAGUUCACCCCGGCGAGUCGCCGUCCUCCUUCGUGUGUCAGGGUUUGAUGGACUUCUUGGUCAGCGCGCAUCCUAUCGCUCAAGUUCUAAGAGAAUACGUGAUAUUCAAGAUAGUGCCGAUGCUAAACCCCGACGGUGUCUUUCUCGGAAAUUACAGAUCCACCGUAAUGGGAUUAGAUCUGAAUCGAUCCUGGAAUUGCAUCUCCGAAUGGAUUCACCCUACCCUGCUCGCGACUAGAGCGAUGCUGAAGUCGCUCGAUAAGAACUCGCAUACUCCAUUGGAUUGCGUUCUGGAUUUACACGCUCACACCAACGCCACGGGUGUCUUCGUCUACGGAAAUACGUACGAUGAUGUCUACAGGUACGAGAGGCAUAUUGUCCUGCCGAAAUUGCUAGCUCAGCACGCGGAGGACUAUGAACUAGGCAACACCAUGUACAAUCAAGACCACAACAAAGCCGGAACUGCCCGCCGCUAUUUGUGCUCUAUUCUAAAGGAGCACGUCAAUUGCUACAGCAUCGAGGUUUCCAUGUAUGGUUACAACAAGAAGGGAAUACCGGGUAUAAUGCCGUACACGGAAGAAGGAUAUUACAGACUAGGACGCAAUUUGGCGCGAGUUUUUCUGGAAUAUUACAAGCUCACUGGGCUUAUCCCGUCGGGGCUUCCCGAUCAGCCGUCGAGCAGACGAGCGCGUCAAUCUCGACAGAGACAUCGUCUUCCAAGGGAGCCCAGACCGAGAACAGUCCGAACUCCGGCGACCUUGCAUCUCGCCAGCAUUUACGAGUACUUCCGGGAGGAAUCUGAACCGCUCCCGAGCGCUCGUUACCGAUCGAUGAGCGGUACGCGGAUGGGACAGCAGCCCGGAACCGGAAUCGCGAGUGAAACUGGAACGGGCGUCGGCGGCGGGUGCAAGAGCCCGAGCUACAGGUUCCGGAGCCCCGGGGCACCGCUCGACAGGGUGCAGACCCUGACGGGGCGACCCGCCGCCGCCGAGCCGCGGCUCACCAUUAUCGAUUUCAAUCAGCUGACACGGGGCGGUUUGGAGCUCGCAGCCAACAAGAACAAACCGACGGUUCCAUGCAAGAGGAUCGUCAGGUCGCGCAGAUAGCGAUCGUCUCGCCUCGGUUAAGGAGAGAUCCUCGGCGAACCGAUCCUCCAACGUCUCCAAGGACGCGAAAAUCAAAUGUGGUGAUUGCAUCGAUUCGCGCUACUUCUGGCAACGGAAAUAGAAGACUUCUCGAAGAGAAAAGGAACCCGAAGAAUGCACUCGGAUGCUGCUUCUAUACAAUUGCUACUAUCGGGGUUUAUUAAUGAUAAGAAACUUUCGCUACUUUUACACCGAGUAAUUACAAAUUUAAUAAUAUCAACGAUAAUAGUGCACAUUUAUUCUUCAAAUUAUGCAAUACCCUAUGUGCAAUUAUGCAUAAUAAUAUUAUGCAUUCUUCCACAUAGAUCUUUUGAGCCUUCUCUCUACAGUACACCAUUUUCUCUUUCACUCUUUUCUCGUGAAAAAAUAAUCUCUAAUAAAUCUCUAUCUCACAUUGCAUGUUUCCAAUUUAUAUUAUAUACUUGUUAAAUUUCUUAUAGUUGUUUAUAAUAUCGUUAUCAAUAUUACGUGUA